ACUGGAGCGAGGAGCAGUGCGCAGCUCCGGCGGGGGAAUGGCGCUGACGUUAAAGUGAAAGGAGCGGGAGAGAGGAGCCGGGCACAAAAGGAAAGCAAAAGACACCCUCUCGGCGAGAGUCGGCGCCCAGACUACUGAGAGGAGUGAGCCGACGAAAGCGGGGCCGGUGCCCUGGAUUAAUGACACGGCCGCCGGCUUCAUCCAGCGGUGGCGGUGCUGCUGCUGCAUCCGAUCGCAAGCAGGCACUGGCUUCUGAUGAGGAUAACGUAGCUCUGCAGUUGUCUACCAGCAGUGAAGGAAAUAUUUUAAUGAUGUAUCCAAGUCCGGGGAGAAUGUACAUACUGUAGCAGCUAGCUACACACUACAAAAUGAAGACACAGAGUCGCUGGUUCGAAAUCAGAAGUCGAAUGAACGACAGGGGCACAAGUGAAGUAUGUGUGAACUAACAGCACAAGUCACAAGUAGUCUACUGCAGUUUCCAGAAGUGACCAUUGAAGCUCUUGGUGAUGAUGAGUCAGCACAAGAUGUAGGACUAUAUGGAAAAAUUGCUACAGGCAGAAAUGGAUUGGCUUGGCUGGCUUGUGGUGCUCAUUUGGAGCUACUUAACUCGAUCACAGGUGAACGACUGUCUGCCUAUAGGUUUUGUGGAAUCGGGGAGCAUCCUCCCACUAUUCUGGCAGUCAAAGAAUUUUGUUGGUUGAAACGAACUGGACUGUUGAUUGGAUUAAAAGAAUCUGAAGGUAGCAUCCUCUGCCUUUACGACCUCUCAGUUUCCAGAGUGGUUAAAGCAGUGUUCCUCCCUGGAAAGGUUUCGGCCAUUGAGCCAAUUGUUAAUCAUGGAGGUGCCACAGCCAGCACACAGCGUUUGAAUCAAAGUCUCCGGUGGUUUUUCGGUAUAGUAGCUGUUGUAACUGACACUGGACAUGUUCUUCUUAUCGAUCUGUGUCUGGAUGAUUUCUCAUGCAGUCAAAGUGAGCAAGAGCCAGCAGACCUUGAAGUGGUCAAUGGGUCACCUGCUGAAAUCCCACGAAUGAGGGAAAAUGUGAUGCGGGAAGGGCGACACCUUUGUUUCCAGUUGCAGAGUCCAUCAGGGAUAGCAGCCACUGCAAUGCGAUAUGUCCUCAGAACAAAUCAACUUGUUGUUGGCUUUGCAAAUGGUUACGUUCAACUUUGGAACCUGAAGACUUUGAAGAAGGAAUACUACUCUCAAUUAGAAGGGGGGAAUGUACCUGUCUAUGCAUUCACCUUUCAAGAACCUGAGAAUGAUCCUCGGAAUUGCUGUUACCUUUGGGCUGUGCAAUCUGCUCAGGAUGGUGAAGGAGAUGUGGUAAGCCUACACCUGCUGCAGUUGGCUUUUGGUGACCGGAAGUGUUUAACAUCAGGACAGAUCCUCUAUGAGGGCUUGGAAUAUUGUGAAGAGCGUUAUACUCAAGAUCUUACCUAUGAAGUACUUUCUUCAAGAACACGGAAUACUAAUGCUCGGCUGCUGGGCUGCCAGACUAUAGAGAAAUUUCGGAAUCAUGCUGAUAGAGAAGAAAGUAUGACUGAGGCCACCUCGCCAGACACCAGUGUGUCUGUUUUCAGUUGGCAGAUGAAUACGUAUGGGCAGCGCAAGCCCUCUACUUAUUUGGGCAUUUUUGAUAUCAAUCGUUGGUAUCAUGCACAGAUGCCUGAUUCAUUAAGAGCGGGUGAGAAGCUUGGUAACUGCCCCUAUUUUGCAUUAUGGUCCCUCGAUGCUGUAGUGAACAUGACCUUCCCGUAUUAUCUGCUAGAUGUCUUAGUACAUGAAAGAAGCCUUAGCCGUGGAGUUCCUCCUUCGUAUCCUCCACCAGAGCAGUUUUUUAAUCCUAGCACCUACAAUUUUGAUGCAACUUGUUUGCUAAAUACUGGACUUGUACAUAUAACAGGUUCUGGGUUUCAAAAAGAGACAUUGAAUUAUUUGAAGAAAGCUGGUCCUUUUCUUAGUGAAGCUAUACCUGACGGUUAUAGUCGUUGCCUGAUGGCUGGGCUUUUGUCUCCAAGACUUGCAGAUGUACAGCCUUCAUGUCUGUCACAAGAGGAAAAGCUUGAAGCCAUUUUGUCAGCAGCUGUGGAAUCUAGUUCUUUGGGUUUAAUAACUGGGUGCAUCAAACAAUGGACGACAGAAGAACAACCCAGGUCAUCUGCCAGUCUGCGUUUUGUGCUCGAGUGGACCUGGAAAAAAAUAACUCGUACAAAAGAGGAACUGGACAACACUUGUAUCCCACUUUUUGAUGGAUCGUGCCACUUCAUUGACCCACACACACUCCAGUCUCUACAGCACUGCCAGAUGUUACUUAGCAACCUCACCACCAUUGUUAGCUGUUUCCUUACAGAGGCCCAGGAGUUGACUGAGCGAGGACUGGUUGACUUAAUGAACAAGCGUAUCGUAGGCACUCUGCUUUCGCAAUAUGCGCAAGUUGUUUUAUGGUUCUGUCGAGCAGGAUUACUUCCAGAGGGUUCAGAUGAUGCUGAUCUAUUACAAUUAUCCAGGCCCCUCUACAACUAUCCAGUAAUACAAAACUAUUAUACCAACAGACGACACAAGUUGGAGCGUUUGUCAAAAGGCAAAUGGUGUUCAGACUGCCUGUUAAUUGAUGGGAUGGUAUCAGAGACUGGGGAUCACAUAGAACAAUUGUGGAAGAAGGAUGAAGGAGGAACAGGAAAAUACCCACCAUCAACGCUUCAUGCACUUCUUGAUGUAUAUUUACUGGAGAAUGUAGAUGAGACGACAAAGCAUGCCAUUGCUAUUUAUCUUCUGUUGGAUAUUCUCUCAUCUGUUCCUAACAAGAACGAGUCUUCCAUUGAAUCCUUCCCACCUGCUUUUGCCAUACCUGUGGGUCUGGUGAACCUCAUCCAAGGAUUUUGGCUUUUGGAUCACAAUGAUCAUGAGAAUGGUUUGGAUCGUAUUUUGCAUCCAGCUACCAGCAGAUCACUGUCUCCAUGGCAGCAUGUCCGGAUCAUACAGGCCUUGAUGUGCCAAGGAGAGUACAGGAAGGCUCUUCGAUACAUGCAGGCAAUGAAACCUUCAAUGUCUAGUAGCAGUGAGGUUAAACUUCACCUCACUGUCCUGCUGUUUAACAGGUCUAUGGUGGAGGCUUGGCAUCUACUUCGACUAAAUGCUAACAGGAUAAAUGUGGAGGAUCUAUUGAGGCACAUGUACGAGCUGUGUCAAGAAAAUGGACUGAUGGAAGAGCUACUUAAACUCCCUUUUACUGGGACUGAACAGGAAUGUCUGGAGAAGUUUUUGAAGAACAGUGGAAAUCUUCAAAACCAAGAAUUUCUUUUAGUACAUCACCUUCAACGUGCCAACUAUAUACCUGCCUUGCAACUUAACCAGUCACUAAAAACAAGUUUGAAUGAUCAUGAUCCUCAAAUUCGAGAGAGAACAGCUGCUAGAAAUUCCAUCCUGGAACAGUAUGGAAAAGUGCUUCCAAGGGUACAGAGAAAGCUAGCAACUGAACGUGUGAAACCUUACCAUCAUUUAACAAUUUUACGUGAAGUUACACGGCCCAAACCAUUAUCCACUGUGGCAAAGCGAUCUACUUCUGGAAGUGUGAUGACUCGUGCAACAUUCAUCAAUUCAGUGCUUUCAAAGGUUAACGAAGUCUGGCUAAAGAAUAUGCAAGGAGCAACACCCUCUCCUUUGAAUAGUCCUAGGUGUAGUGAUCUGCCUUCUGUAAAUCUGGCUCUCAAGUCGACUGAAGUAUCUGAUGCUUUUGUUGGGACACCGAUCAAUACAAGCUCAAGAAGACGUUCCAGGUUGUUGGAUUCUGUGAGACAGCUGAAGUCGCACACGACCUUAAAAGCAGAGCCCACUUGUAUGCAAGCUAAGGGUAAUUCUUCCUGGAUGACAACCAGUCCCUUGCAAUCAUACACUGUCAAUACUGGCUACCUUGGAGGCAUUUCUAAGGCAUCAGAACUAAAACUUCUGCAAACACCACCUGUGGUGAAGAGAGCAAGAGCAUUUACAUCGUCAGAAACCACUUUUGCCAAUUUUACUCCUCAGUCUAUCUUGCGAUCUAACCUGCGCCCUACACCCUUGGCAUCACCAUGUGCCUCACCAAGUAGAUCUUCAACUCCUCCACUUCGUACUAAAGAGACUAAAAUUUCUUUCGUGAAAGAGAAGCCAACCAUUCGAUGGACUAAUGGGGAUGCAGCUGAAGAUGAAUUACAACUGCCACCUUCAUCCAAACGGAUUCCACGCACACCGUCUAUUGAGUCAUGGCCUUCAACUACAGACAAUCAGUUCACAAGUGAACUAACUCCAGAUAAUGAAGUAGUAUCUGAACAAGUGGAAAUGGUUGAUCUUUCUGGUGCUGACAAAGAUGCUAUUAAAGAUGAUAUUGAUAGCUCCGGACGAACAGAAGACUGGUCUAUGGAAGAAUAUGUGGAUGCUGCUGAGUCCCUGGAUAGAGGGGACACAUCCAAGGAUAUGGGGGAAAAGGUUUCGGCAGAUGAAUUAAUCUUAAAUAAGGAGGAGAGGAUCUUAAGUUUUGAUCCUACUUGUGUGGAUGGUGUGGAUGUUAUGGACAGGCGCAUUACAAGUGACCAAGAAGUUGAAAUUUCCCAGCCUGAAAAUGAGGAAGUGUCUGAAAAUGAAAAACUGUUUAAUGCAGAUAAUGAGCAAACCUUUGAGUGUGAAGAAGUUUUGGACAUUGACCAGAAUGAAAGUGCUUCCCCAUCAAUAAAUGUCACCACAGCAUUCAUCUGCUCAAGCAAUGAAGAAGCAGUUCUGCUGACACAUAACCUUGUAUCUUCUGAUGAGGGUGAACCCUUGCAUCCAGAAAAGGCUGAGGAACAACUGCCGCCUCAGGUACCAGAGGAAAAGGGAGGAUUGCUCCAGAGUGAAGACAUUUUGCAUCCACCCACUACAGAUACUGAUCCACCUGCAGUCAACAGGUUUGUUUGGCAAGAAACAUCUGAGAACAACUGGAGUGGAUUUGUCUAUGAAAUCCAAGUCAGCGAGAUAUCUUCAGAACAAAAAUCUUUGAUUGUAGUUGACACCGAGGAUAUUCCCAGAACAGAAUCAAGAAAUGAGGAAAAUAAAUUGGCAUUAUCAGGCUAUGAGGAAAGGGAUGUUAAAAUGAUGGACGAUGCUGCUGAGUGUACACAGGAUGAGUCGCUUGCAGUUUUAAUUCCUAUAGAUAAUCAGCUUUUGCAGAAUGUCAAUGAUGAAGUUGAUGGCCCAGAUGAAGUGUCUUGCUCAACAGCUUCCAUAGAGCUGAAACAGCAUGAACCAGUUGUAUUUGAAGCACUUAUACAUGCCGAAGAAUGUGACUUGGACCUUCCAGACCAGUCCAAUGACAAAGCAAAAGUUGCGAGCGAUGCUGAAGGGGAUGAAGUUCGAGUUACAGAGUGCCAUAACAUUCAAGAAAACAUCACUUUAAUAUUAGAAGAUGGGGAUGAAGCUGUGGAACAAGAGAUGAAUCAGAAGCCUGCUCUGGUUGAAAAUGAGGAAGCAAUUCUGUUUGAAUCAUUGGAAACUAAAAUUAAUGAAUCCAUUAAAGAUAUUUCAGAGAGUAAUGCUUUGGAAAAUGAAGAACUGAUAUAUACAAAGCACGAUUCUUCUGUUCUUGAACCAUUGGAAGAUGAACAUAAAGUUGCUCAUCCAUUACCUUGUGUGCCUGAUGCAAUUAGUGUAUCAAUGGAGGUCCUUAAAGGAGGCCAAUCAACUAAUUCAAUGGAGCUCCUUAAAGAAGAUCAGUCAACAACUAACUCAGCAGUGGUCCUUAAAGACAGUCAGUUGGCAACUAAUUCAAUGGAAGUUUUUAAAGAAGGUCAGCCAAAUGUAGAAAAGUUGUCUGAAUUGAUCAAGUUACCUGUUCAGGUAGAUACUGAAACAACAAAGGAGAGAAGUGGUGUGCAUAACGAAAUAAAGGAAACAAAACCAGAUGACUCUGAGGAGGGUAGUAGAAAAGCUGUACAGACUAAGCAAAUGGAGGCUGUGGCAACACCUACAAUGUCCUCAAGAGUUAAAAGUAGUAAAGUGGGUGAAAUCAGUUCCCUGGAUAAAGAGGAACUGGUAUUGGUGGAAAUACAGGAAGUCAAACCUAAAAUGGAAAUACCUGCAACACCAAGGAGAAGUACAAGAAGAGCUGUUACAGGGAUAGAUGCAAUUGUGAAAAAUAAUUUGGGGGAACCAAAAGGUAUACCAAUUGAUCAAAAAACUGACUCUCUCCAUCCCACGACAAGGUCCACUAGGAAAACUAACACUCGUAGAACACACAACACAGAAACCGGUUUGCUUGACUCCGAUCGGAUGCAUUCUGAAACGCUUCCUGUCUUGAGAUCCACAAGAAGAAGUGUUGCUGUUAGAACAGAUACAGAACACAUCUUGGACAGUUCCUUGAAAACACCACUAAAUCAGCAAGUAGAUGUUACUGCUGUUUCUCAGCGGUCUUGCAGACAAAAAAGAAAGAAACUUUCUGAAGUUGGGGCUCUACUCGACAACCCACUUUCAGUGUUGGAGCUUAAUGAGCACGUACCUGUGGUACCUACACCCAGCAGACUUACAAGAAGUAGGGCCAAAGGUGCCCACCUUGUGGCAUUAGAAAAUAUUGCUGAAUUGACUUCAAAUGUAGAGAUUACCUUGCCUGUUAAAUCUCAGACAACAAGAAGGGGGCAGCCUGUCACAAGCAAAGAAACACCAAAGCCUGUGGUGAAAGAUGAUAUUGUGGAUGAUAGGCAAGAGGAACAGCUUACUGUGACUUUUACCCACAAACCAACCAGGAGAAAACCUGGUAAAGACUCGGAAACACGUGCGCUAAUUUUAGCAGAAGAGGAUUCUUAUGCUUUCUCUCCUCCGAUUACAAGGUCAUCAAGAAAGUCCAAAGUUGAGAAGACUACACUGCAGGAUUCUUCUGUGCAACAGCCAGAGUUUCUCUUUUCUACUCCUCUUACAAGGUCUAGAAGAAGAACCAGCAAAGCACCCUUACAGAUAGUGAAAGAGCAGGGUUUGGAUAUUUUGAAUGAUGAUAUUCCUAAACUAAAAGAGGAAGAGGAGAAAAGUAAACAAGAGGAGAAAAUAUGUACCAGAAGCAGAACCACACGACUUCGAGUGAAGAAAAGUCCCAGAUUAACCAAAAAGGCUUCAUGGUCAGUGCCACCAGUGGAAAUUGAAUUUCUUUCUCCUUUAGCAAGUCCUUUGGAUUCAUUGUCCAGUAAAAGAAGAGAAGCAGAGGAUGAUGCUGGGUCUGUAGAACAUAAGAUGACACUUCGUCACAAGAGGAAAAAACUGAUCCCAGUAUUUCGAAAGCCAGUCACAUGCAGAAAAGUAAACCGGCACAAAUAAUGAGAAAGUUUUACUGUUUUAUCGAUUUAAUACUUGGAUGCAGUUUAUAUAUAAGAGUUAUACAGUAUACAGAACUGUGUGAAUUUCUGAAGUUCAUCUAAUUUUCGGAAAAUAAUUUAUAUAAAUUAUUUUAACAUUUCAUGAACAAAUGGUCUGUAAGGGGAAUUGUAGCUCCAUGUGGAGUAUUGUAACUGCUUUUAUGUUUUUAGGCAAAUGUUUCACAUUUUAAUUUUGUAAUGAAUCUUCAUACAUUUUAUUAACGUAUAUAAAAUUAAAUGUAAAUAUUUUUGACAUUUUAGGGAAGUUAUAAAUAAAAUGUAUACUUGGCAGUUUGAUAUGUUUUUUGCAUUUUUGUGAUGGAACAUUUUGCCAAUGGGGUAAAUGGUACAGUAUAUGCAGUUGUACAUCUCUAAAGUUGGUUUUAUGAUUAUUUUAGACACAAUAAGAUUGUCAAUAAUCUGAGGCACAGUUCAAAGUGGUUCUUGGCUAUCUUAAGCUUGCAUAUAUCAUUCUGUCUAGUUAAAAGAGAAUAGGUUAUAAUUGGCGCUUAGUCUUGUAUCCUAUCUCUCUACUAAAUACCUGAUGUCAUUAUGUCUUUGUAAGGAACUGCCUCUAGUUUAGUAGGUCUGAUUCCGUCAAUACUUGUCACUUCAUAUCUGCUUACAUCCACUGUUAUUAGGAUGGCAGAUAUUUUGUUGAGUUUCCAAUAUUCGUCUAGAAGAAACAAAGUAUUUUGGUUGGAUACAGGAAAGAAGGGUCCCUGUGGGAGAAGAAGCAGGAGAUUCCAUCUUCAAUUAUUUUUAAAUGAGGGGUGGGAAAUAUUUUAUACUGAGGAUACUUUCUUCUUUUCCCCUGCAACCCAGCCUUUUCUGUUCCCUUAAGACAGUCAAGUGCCAACCUUUGAAAUCUCGCCCAGAUAUCUCACUGAACUUUGUAACAUACUAAUUUUAUGUCACAUGAUGCUACAUCAUAUUAUUUACUUUUGUCACAAUGCUUGUAUCAUGUUUCUUUGGUUUCAUCAAGAUAUGCUUGCCGUGCUGCUACAAAUCACACAACAAACUGAGAUAGCUCAGCAAAUACUGGUAAGUCAGGCAAAUUUAAAAAAAAAUAAAAAGAUUGCUGAAAUUUCUCUAUACAGUG